AUGCCUUUUCGUGAGACGUUUGACCAGCUUCAGGGAGAGUUGACGAGCCCGGUUUUUUCUGACGGGGCCUGGGAGAGCUCUCAGGAGUACCUGAGGAGCAUCGUCGUUGAGCUGGCCAGCUGCGUCCUCCCGUUCUCUGAGGACCCCUACCUUCCCCUGCAGCACUCCGCGGCCCUCAUGCUGGUCGCGCGACUGAGCGAGCGAGCCAGGGGGGCCCGCGCCGGAGAGGAGGGGGCCCCGGCAGACAUGUAUUCUUCCCUCAAGUACUCCACCAAGAAGAACGGCGUGGCCCGAGCCGCGGCACAGGUGGCCCAGGGCUUGGUCCCCAAGUUUGAGUCUAGCUACGAGAAGCUGGUGGUGAUCCGGGGAGUGGAGCGGUGCCUGGCGGAGUUCAGCCUGGUGUGGUCUACGGCUCGCCUGCUGGAGACGUGCGCCCCGCCUGAGACGAAGAGAGAUUUCUUGUUCCACCUGAGGCCGCUGCUGGAAUACGCCCCAGCGAGAGAUCGCCACGAGUCUGUGCUGGUUCUGUGCAGGGGGCUCUUCACGCCCGGGCACAACAAGGAGCCUUCGAGGGUCCACGAUAACGUACACGGGGUCGCCCUGCGGCAGGAGCACGGCGGUUGCCCAUUGGAAGAGGCGUUUUCCGAGGUGCAGAGAGGUGCGGUGGAAACCCCGGGGGGUCUCCGGGCCGCCAGGCAGGCGUUUCCGUUCCUGGAGAUGCUCACCCGGUGGGCGUGGCGCUGCAAGCUGAGCGAGGAGGAGGAGGCGUUCGCCGGAAAGAGGAAGAAGUCCGUCACCAAGAGCUUCGGCAAGAAGUCCAAGAAGAAGAUGAGGGAAGCCGAAGCAGCGGCGGCGGCGGCGGCGGGGAGGGGAGAAGAAGAGGUUAUGGCCGGGGGAAAAGAAAGCGGUGGGGAGGUCGCCGCCACCACCGCCGCCACCGCCUCCGGAGGGAGGAGUCGGGAGGAUACCGGCGUGGCUUCGUUGUUGGUAGAGCUGGCGAAGGCUGACCCUUCCGGAGCCACUAUUCGCUCGAUGCAGCGAUGGGCGUGCGAGGCGAUCUUGCCCGAGCAGGUAUGGGAGAAGCGCCUUCUGAAGCGCCGACGGACCGGAAUGAGGUGGCGCGAGGCAUCAUCUGCACGCACGAAAUCUUCGUCUCCGGGCAGAAGGUCCAACGGCAGCGCUGGGCCCAAGGCCUGCAGGGAGGUGGGUCAGGUGAUCCGGCUCCUCGUCGGGGCGAUGGACGAGGAGAACCUGCGAGGGGAUGACGUCACGAGCAUGGUGAACCACGCCUUGUUCGUCACAGCGUUUCUGAGAUCGAUGCCCCUGGGGGUGAAAGCCAGGAAGGGGUACGAGCUUCUCGUUGCCGGGGGGCGCACCCCCGGCGCCGUGAAGGGGCUAGAAUUGAAGCAGGUCUCGACUCGCGUGGCCAGCUGGCGAGAGGCUGCGCUUAUCCUAGACUCGGGGCUGGCGAGCGUGCUCCAGGUCCCCCAGAGCGAUGCUAAGAGCGACGCUUUCGGACAAGCCCUGUCCACCUUGCUGACGACGUGGCAGUCUCCCUAUGCCCUAGCCGACUACUACGUCAUGCACAGGAAGGACCCUGAGGUAUUGAAGGUCUACGUCCGGUUCUUGCUGGCGCUCCUCGGCCUGUCGGGCGAAACCGUGCGCGACAUCCGCAUCAGAGACCCGUCCAACUUCGAGCACAUGAAGCAUUUCCCGGAGGACGUGCGACGUCAGUGGCACGCCGAUCCGCCUACCCUCGCGGGUACCAUAGACCCCCAAGUGAUCUUCCGCAUGGGGGACGACACCAGGAGUUGCAUGGGGAUUCGGCGUUCCUGUUCCGCGCAAAAUCGUGCUCUCAUGGGCUACCUCCUGCAGGGGAACGCACGUCUGGUUGGGGUGCAGUCGGAGAGCGGCCGCAUGGAGGCCCGGGCCGUGCUGAGACUGCUCCUCAGACAGGACAACAUGACCCCCGUCCUCUUCAUGGACUCGGUGUACUACGCCUCUAACCUGGACUCCUCGUUAGAGCAGCAGGUGGCAGCAGAAGCGCAGAGCGUGAGCGAGGCCUUGGGGGUACCCCUCUAUCGCGCCGGGGACAAAAUCGCCAAGGUCGAGCCCACGCCGGAGGAAAUUUCCGAGAAGGAGCGGCAAGAUGCGGCGGUCCAUGCCGCGGCAGCCGCCUGGUUAGAAGGAGAGGGGGGGGAGGACGAGGACGACGUGGAGGAAUACGAUGAAUUGCAGGGGAGGGUUUUCGAAGUUGGGGUGGCGGAGUACAGGGAGGUGGAUUCUGGGAGGGCCUAUGGCGAGGGGGAGGGCGAGGGGGAGGGCGAGGGGGAGGGCGAGGGGGGGCAUUUGACGGAAGACCGGGCGUUCCAAGCGGGGAUAGCGCAGUAUGACGAGGGUCCCCUGCCUCCCGAGGACCGAGAAGCACCGGAGAUGUGCGAGCUCAUCGAGAUGGACGGGCUGUCUCCCUGGGUGUACUCCGACGGGGCUAUCGGGGAAGCCACCAACCCGGGCGUGGUGCAGAGAGACCUCUCCCACGCGGGCUCCGCGGCUGCUGCCACGGCGGCAUGCUCUUCUGUCUGGUGGAUGGAUCUGUUCUGCAAAUAGUGUCUGGUGGAGAUGGGGGUCUGCUCCUACGUCAGCAUGCUCCUCUCUUUGUGGUUGGUGUUUCUUCCUUUUUCGUCGUCCGGUAGGCUAGGCUGGAUAGUUAACGAAAUUAAGAACUGCUGUGUGUUGUCUGAUUCUUCUGGUACGGGUGGGUGCAAGGAAGAGGCGUUUUUCUCGGGAGCGUGUACAUAGUUGUUUCGGUGCCUGGGAUGCCCACCGUGUCAGCUGGUGUAGAAAGAUUGAAGAACUCUGUUCUUGAUUGAUAGUGACGAGGGUUUGACUCUGUGUCUCUGUGCCUGGCGGGGGGCUUUCCGUGGGCUGGAGCACACCAAGAAUAUUCCCAUUUUUUUUUUAUCAUAUGGUUAUUCUGUGUCUAUCUGCGCCUUACAUGUAUGUCUUGUCAGCCGGGGCACGAACAAGCGCAGGGAAUUCCAGUGAUAUCGCGCAAGCUGCACGAUUGGAAGCAAGGUCGUCAUCGUCGGCAAGGCGACGCAAAAGUACCCCGUAGGGAAAGAAGCUGUCUUGUUUACUC